AUGCACUCCACUGUUUACACCGGGCUUCUCUGCUCCCUGGCUGCGCCUGCUUUGGGCGUUGUCUGGGAGAGCCUUUCUGGCGGCGUCCCUAGCACUUGGUCCCUCUUGGAUGAGCCCACGACCUCCACUAUGUCCUUUGACCAAGGUUUCCACCCCGGCGAGUCGGAGUACGGUCAGUGGUUGGAGAAGGACGACGUUGAUGCCCAGUUCCCUGUUGUCGAUGAGGCUCCUGUUGUCAGCUGGUUGAAGAGCGCUGGUAUCCAGAACUACACCCUCGACGGUGCUCUGCUCAAGUUCAGCGGUAGCGUUGAGACAGUCAACAAGCUGCUGAACACCACCUUCGCUGUCUACGAGAAGGAGGGAUCCGUGAAGCUGCGUACCAGCGAGUACUCCAUCCCCAGCACCCUGGCGAGCUACAUUGAUGUUAUCUCGCCCACUGUGUACUUCGGCAAGACCCGCAAGGCUCUUCCCUAUCCCACCAAGGGACACCUGAAGGCCCGUUCUGAGAUCUCCGCCUCAUGCUCUGACCAGAUUACUCCUGAGUGCAUCAAGGAGAUGUACAACGUCGGUGACUACACACCUGAGGUUUCAUCUGGCAGUAAGAUCGGUUUCGGUAGCUUCUUGAACCAGUCUGCUUCGGAAUCCGAUCUGGCUGAUUACCAGAAGCUGUUUGAUAUUACAUCCCAGAGCUUCACCGUCACCACUCUCAACGGUGGUGUUGACGACCAGGAUGACUCUGUUGACAAUGUUGACGAGGCCAACCUGGAUGUGCAGCUGAUCAGCGCUGUCUCCCACCCUCUGCCUAUCCAUGAAUUUAUCACUGGUGGUACUGCUCCUUACUACCCUGAUGCUGAUGAGGAGGACGAGGAUGAGAACGAGCCUUACCUCAUCUACUACGAGUACCUUCUCUCCAAGACCAACUCUGAGCUCCCUCAGGUUAUUUCCAACUCUUACGGUGAUGACGAACAGACCGUCCCCGUGAAGUACGCCAAGUCUGUCUGCAACCUGAUCGGUUUGAACACUCUACGUGGUCUGACCAUCCUCCACUCUUCCGGUGACGAGGGUGUUGGCUCUGCUUGCCAGUCUACCGAUGGCACUACUCCCCAGUUCAACCCCAUCUUCCCCGCUACCUGCCCCUACGUCACUGCUGUUGGUGGUACCUCCGGUGUGAGCCCUGAGUACGCCUGGAACGCCUCCUCCGGUGGUUUCUCCAACAUCUGGGACCGUGCUUGGUUCCAGGAGUCCGCCGUCAAGACCUACCUGACCCACGUUACUAAGGAGACCCAGGCGUACUACUCCCAGUACACCGACUUCGAGGGUCGUGGAUUCCCCGAUGUCUCUUCUCACAGCUUGUACCCUGAUUUCGAGGUCAUCCUUGGCGGAGAGGCUUAUCUCUCUGGUGGUACCUCUGCUGCCUGCCCCACCUUUGCUGGUAUCAUCGGUCUGCUCAACGACGCCCGUCUGCGCGCUGGCAAGCCUGUCCUUGGUUACCUGAACCCCUUCUUGUACUCCGAGGGCUACAAGGCUCUGAACGACAUUACCACUGGUGCUUCCUACGGAUGCACUGGUAUUGAUCCCCAGAGCGACGAGGAGGUCGCUGGUGGUCUGACCAUUGCUGGUGCUUACUGGAAUGCCACUGAGGGUUGGGACCCAGUUACUGGUCUGGGUACUCCUAACUUCCAGAAGCUCAAGGAGCUUGUCCUUUCUCUGUAA